UCACAGACUGGACGUGAUGAUGUGGAGCCCCUCUGACGCGUCGUCACGUAAGAGUCUCCGCGAGUCCAGACCAGUCCUCCAGACCAGUCCAGACCAGUCCUCCAGACCAGUCCAGACCAGUCCAGUCCUCCAGUCCAGACCAGUCCAGACCAGUCCUCCAGACCAGUCCUCCAGACCAGUCCAGACCAGUCCUCCAGACCAGUCCAGUCCUCCAGUCCAGACCAGUCCAGGGUCCAGACAGAGAAGAGUCCAGCUGCAGCAUGAGUGUGUUGGUAGUGCUCCUCCUCUCCCUGGCCGUAGACGCUCAGAUGUACGGCAGCCUGCAGUCUCCAAACUUCCCUGACCCGUAUCCCAGGGAGACGGUUCUCCGAUGGAACGUCAGCGUUCCUGACGGCUUCCAGAUCAAACUGUACUUCAGCCACUUCGACCUGGAGCCGUCCUACCUGUGUGAAUACGACUACGUCAAGGUGGAGGCGGAGGGGGAGGUGCUAGCGUUGUUCUGUGGGCGGGAGGAGACGGACACGGAGGCGGUGCCAGCUCAGCAGAUCAUCACCUCCCCCAGGAACUCCCUGAGCCUCCUCUUCUCCUCCGACUUCUCCAACGAGGAGCGCUACUCUGGAUUCAUGGCUCACUACAGCGCUGUGGAUGUGGACGAGUGCAGCGAGCCGCCGGACGAAGACCUCCUCUGUGAUCACUUCUGUCACAACUAUAUCGGGGGGUACUACUGCUCCUGUCGCCAUGGUUACCUGCUGCACUCUGACAACCGCACCUGUAGAGUGGAGUGCAGUGACGGUGUGUUCAUGGAACGCUCCGGCGUUCUCAGCAGCGUAGAUUUCCCGUCUCCGUACCCGAAGAGCUCAGAGUGUUGGUACCGGAUCGAGGUGGAUCCGGGCUUCAGGCUCCUCCUCCAGUUCGACCCCCGCUUCGACGUGGAGGACCACCCUGACGUCAGCUGCCCCUACGACCACGUCAGGAUCACAGCGGGCAGCAGACAGUUCGGUCCGUUCUGUGGAGAUCGACCUCCAGGUGAGAUUCAGACAGACAGCAACGUCGUCAGCGUGUUCUUCCACAGCGACAACUCCGGAGAGAACCGGGGCUGGAGGCUCACAUACACAUCUACAGGAAGUAAGUGUCUGGCACCUGACACCCCCCCCAAUGCCCUGCUGACUCCCGUCCAAUCAGAAUACUCAUUCAAAGACCACAUCCUGUUCACCUGUUCACCUGGAUACACACUGCUGAAGGAUGGAGAGAGUCUGGAUCAUUAUCAGAUGGACUGUCAGUCUGAUGGAUCGUGGAGCAGCAGUCCUCCUCGCUGUCAGAUGGUGGAUUGUGGGAGUCCAAAGGUGGUGGCCAUGGUCGACUUGGUGUUUGGAAGUGAUGACAACAGCACAAAGUUUGGCUCGACUGUUCACUACGUCUGCAGGGAGGACAGCUUCCAGCUCAACACCAGCAACAGUCUCUUCAGAUGUGGUCUAAGAGGAGAGUGGGUGAACUCAGAAUCAGGAACAAGACUGCCGAGCUGUCUGCCAGCCUGUGGACGGCCGUCCCGCUCCUUCCCCCCUCAUGUGAAGCGGAUCGUGGGAGGUCGCGGGGCCGAGCCCGGAUUGUUCCCCUGGCAGGUUCUGCUCAGUGUGGAGGAUCUGUCCCGGGUCCCAGAAGACCGCUGGUUCGGUUCCGGGGCCCUGCUUUCCCAGUCCUGGGUCCUGACAGCGGCCCAUGUCCUGAGGUCCCAGAGGAGGGACACCAGCGUUGUCCCCGUGGCCCCUGAACACGUCAAGGUGUUUCUGGGUCUCCAUGAUGCUGCAGACAAACGUCUGGCCACCAACCGUUCGGUGGAGAAAAUCUUCCUCCACCCGAACUUCGAACCGGACAACUACAACAACGACAUCGCUCUUCUGAAGCUGGAGGAGCAGGUGGAGUUUACCGAGUUCAUCGGGCCUGUGUGUCUGCCUCCACCUCACAACCAGGAUGACCCCCCCUCACCUCUCCCUAACUCUCUUGGUGUAGUUGCUGGUUGGGGAAUCUCCAACCUCAACACCUCCUCCUCUUCUGGUGACCCCACCAAACUGACCUCUGACUCCGAGAUGACCUCUGACCUUUUGCAGUAUGUGAAGCUACCAGUGGUUUCUCAGGACGAGUGUGAGGCGAGCUACGCCUCUCGCUCCGUCAGCUACAACAUCACCGCAAACAUGUUCUGCGCCGGUUUCUUGGAGGGCGGGAGGGACACCUGCCUGGGGGACAGCGGUGGGGCAUUUGUGAUGGAGGACGGGGUCAGUAGGAGGUGGGUGGUGUUUGGUUUGGUGUCCUGGGGCGGGCCGGAGGACUGUGGGAGUCAGAGGGUGUACGGAGUCUACACCCGAGUAGCUAAUUAUGUGGAGUGGAUACAGAAGCAGCUUAAGACUGGCCCCUUGUGGUGAGACAGGUGUGGAUGCAGGUGGAGAGACAGGUGGUGAAGACUGACCUCCCUAUCCUUUGUCCUCACCGUCCAGUGGAGCUGUCCCCUCUGACUUCAAAACUGCUUCUCUCCCCCCAAAUCCUCAAGACACCUGGUCUUGAUCACGCCUACCUGAACCACUACCAGCCAACCUCCAACCUUCAACCCACAGACCCUUGAAUUUCUCAUUGCCACACAACUCCAAACAAACCUGCCCUCAGGUAACCUAUAUGAACCUCUCCAGUCUGUAUUUUGCCCCCUCGCCUCUGCUGACACCGGGGCUCUCAUCCUCCUUGAGCUGGCCCACUCCUCUGUCCCUUCCACAGCCAAACAAGGUGUUCCCUAAGGUUCUGUCUUCACCCCACUCCUCUGUCCCAUCCACAGCCAAACAAGGUGUUCCCCACAGUUCUGUCUUCACCCCACUCCUCUGUCCCAUCCACAGCCACACAAGGUGUUCCCCACAGUUCUGUCUUCACCCCACUCCUCUGUCCCAUCCACAGCCACACAAGGUGUUCCCCAAGGUUCGGUAAUCAGCCCACUUCUCUGUCCCAUCCACAGCCAAAUAAGGGGUUCCCCAAGGUUCUGAACUCGGCCCAAUCCUCUGUCCCAUCCACAGCCAAAUAAGGUGUUCCCCAAGGUUCGGUAAUCAGCCCACUCCUCUGUCCAAUCAACAGCCAAAUAAGGUGUUCCCCAAGGUUCUGUACUUGGCCCACUCCUCUGUCCCAUCAACAGCCAAAUAAGGUGUUCCCCAAGGUUCUGUACUUGGCCCACUCCUCUGGCCCAUCAACAGCUAAACAAAGUGUUCCCCAAGGUUCUGUCCUCACCCCACUCCUCUGUCCCAUCCACAGCCAAAUAAUAAUAAAUAAUAAUAAUAAUAAUUAAGCCUUUAUUAGUCCCACAAUGGAGAAAUUAUUUCUCUGCAUUUAACCAUCCCGGAGGAGCAGUGGGCUGCAAUGAAGCGCCCGGGGAGCAACUUGGGGUUAGGUGUCUUGCUCAAGGACACUUCGGCAUGUUGCCAGUAGAGGGGUUUGAACCACCAACCUUGUGGUUACGGGACAAGCGCUCUACCUCAUGUGCCACAGCCGCCCCAAUAAGGGGUUCCCCAAGGUUCUGAACUCGGCCCAAUCCUCUGUCCCAUCCACAGCCAAAUAAGGGGUUCCCCAAGGUUCUGUACUUGGCCCACUCCUCUGUUCCAUCCACAGCCAAACAAGGUGUUCCCUAAGGUUCUAUACUUGGCCCACUCCUCUGUCCCAUCAACAGCCAAACAAGGUGUUCCCCAAGGUUCUGAACUCGGCCCACUCCUCUGUCCCAUCCACAGCUAAAAAAAAGUGUUCCCCAAGGUUCUGUCUUCACCCCACUCCUCUGUCCCAUCCACAGCUAAACAAGGUGUUCCCCAAGGUUCUGUACUCGGCCCACACCUCUGUCCUAUCCACAGCCAAAUAAGGGGUUCCCCAUGGUUCUGUACUCGGCCCACUCCUCUGUCCAAUCCACAGCCACACGAGGUGUUCCCCAAGGUUCUAUACUCGGCCCACUCCUCUGUCCCAUCCACAGCCAAACAAGGUGUUCCCUAAGGUUCUGUACUUGGCCCACUCCUCUGUUCCAUCAACAGCUAAACAAGGUGUUCCCCAAGGUUCUGAACUCGGCCCACUCCUCUGUCCCAUCCACAGUCACACAAGGUGUUCCCCAAGGUUCUGUACUUGGCCCACUCCUCUCUCCCAUCCACAGCCAAAUAAGGUGUUCCCCACGGUUCUGAACUCAGCCCACUCCUCUGUCCCAUCCACAGCUAAACAAGGUGUUCCCCAAGGUUCUGUACUCGGCCCACUCCUCUGUCCUAUCCACACCCAAAUAAGGGGUUCCCCAAGGUUCUGUACUUGGCCCACUCCUCUGUCCCAUCCACAGCCACACAAGGUGUUCCCCGAGGUUCUGUACUCGGCCCACUCGUCAUCAUUAUCUACAUCCUCCCUCUCCAUCUGGACUUCCAUUGAUAAAUGGAAUGAUCCUUGAACCCACCUUCACCCUCCAACCCUAUAUUUGCCAAAUUUUCAAAUCAUCCUCCUGUUACCUUCGUGAUAUGGCUAAGAUGCGGCCCUCUCUUGCAGACGGACCGACGGACUAAAGAUGUUUUUUUUAGUUUCUGAGACUUUAAUGUUGUCAUGAGUAUUUCCACUUAAGACCAGAACUCAACACUCCUCGUGUUGGUUUGUUUGU